UAUGGUCCAAAUAAUUUCCCGAAAAUCAAAUACUCGCGGGAAGGGACCCAAGGUAGUUAAACUGUUGAAUCAUGGUCCGUUGUUUCGCCACGUGUCCUCCUCGUUCCCAUCUUCCUCUCGACAUUUCCCAAACUUUCAAGGCUCUCUCUUUCUCUCUCUCUCGCUCUCCCUGAUUCCAAUCUAAUCGAACCCUGACAAACCCUAACAAUCAACCAUGGCUUUGCAAGGCCCAAACCACAGAACCCCUCUCUACCCGGAGGUGAUCGAAUCAAACCCCGACGCCUCCUCAAUCCCUAACCCUUCCUCAAAUCUCUACCCCUCCAUCGACAUGCUGAACCUCGUCGAGAACCUCUUCCCUGACAACAACAUUCUCCAAAACCCUAACUCUAGUCACCCCACGGCCCCGCCGGUGGUCAUUGAGGAGGUCCUGAUUACGAUCCCUGGUGCAAUUCUCAACCUCAUCGAUAAGCACUACAGCGUCGAGCUGGCCUGCGGCGACCUCACCGUCGUCCAUCUCCGGCAGGGCGACAAUGUUGUCGCUGUCCUCGCCCGCGUCGCCGACGAGAUCCAGUGGCCGCUCGCCAAGGACGAGGCUGCCGUCAAGCUCGACGACUCGCACUACUUCUUCUCGCUCCGCGUCCCCAAGGAACACCGGUCCGGCUCCGAUUCGAGCGACGAGGAAGACAAACCGGCCGACUCGGACGAUUUGCUUAACUACGGUUUGACCAUUGCGUCCAAGGGCCAAGAGAACCUCGUCAAGGACCUGGAUGGAAUUUUGCAAAAUUACAGUAGUUUUUCGGUCCAGAAGGUUUCGGAGAAUGCGAAGAUUAAGAAGGGGGAGGCGCUGGACGGUUCGGUGGCGAGGGAGGUCUCGCCGGCAGAGUUGAAGUCGGAGAAGAAGAAGGAGCUGAUGGAGGAGCGGUGCGCCGCUUACUGGACGACGCUGGCGCCGAAUGUGGAGGACUACAGUGGGACCACUGCGAGGCUGAUAUCGGCCGGUUCGGGGAAGCUGAUCAAGGGGAUCUUGUGGUGCGGGGACGUCACGGUGGAUAGGUUGAAGGUGGGGAAUGAGAUUAUGAAGAAGAGGAUGAAUCCGCGUUCUAAUUCGGAGAUCGAUCCUAAAACCUUGAAGCGGAUUAAGAGGGUUAAGAGGGUGACCAAAAUGACGGAGAAAGUUGCAAAUGGGGUCCUCUCUGGGGUUGUUAAAGUCUCUGGAUUGUUGACAAGUUCGGUAGCAAAUUCAAAAGUCGGCAAGAAAUUUUUUGGUCUCCUGCCUGGGGAGAUUCUGCUUGCGUCCCUGGAUGGAUUUAGCAGAGUCUGCGAUGCUGUUGAAAUAGCUGGAAAAAAUGUCAUGUCAACAUCAUCCACUGUGACAACUGAACUCGUCUCCCACAGGUAUGGGGAAAAGGCGGGUGAGGCAACAAGUGAAGGGCUUGAUGCUGCUGGCCAUGCUAUUGGGGCUGGAUGGGCUGCUUUUAAGAUCCGAAAGGCAUUCAACCCUAAAAGUGUUCUUAAGCCUACCACAUUGGCCAAGUCUGCUGCUAAAGCUGCAGCUGCUGAGAAGAAGAAGGCUAAGAAGUCCAAGUAAUUGCUGAUGAAAAAAAAAAACAGAGUGCAUCAGAGCGCGGAUGACCUGCUUUAGGGAGAGGAGGAAGCGUGGAAGACCUGGAUCACAAACCGGUCUAGUUUGCGGAAAUCGAAAAUAUAUGCUGUUCCCCCAUUCCUCUUCCAUAUUGUAGAUGAAUCAUUGUGUAAUUCGUUGUUGUGUAUAAGCCAAUCUGUAGGUAGAAAUUCUUAACCAACUCACAUUUGUAAUUCAUUGGUUCGAAAGAACUUUAAAGCCGUGGUUUUUGUGUCACAA